ACUUGGAACUCUAGUAAUCAUUGCUUUGCUUGCUUACAAUUUCGGUAGAUUCUCUUAAUACCCAAAUCAAAAGAUCUGUUAAACUUACACACACACACAGAGAGAGAGAGAGAGGGAGAGGGAGAAAGUUAAAAUGGGACUGAGAAGCUUUUUGGUUGAAUGGACUCCAUUUGCAGCCAUGGUGAUUGUGGAGUUUCUUGAUGUUGGGUUAGCAACACUGAGUAAAGCAGCCAUGUCCAGAGGAAUGAGCCACUUCGUCUUUGUUGUUUACUCAAAUGCUCUUGCUACUUUGAUUCUCCUUCCUUCCUCUUUCAUCAUCAACAGGUCUAAGCUUCUUUCCCUCUCCCCACUAUUUCUCUUCACCAACACUAUCAAGUUCUUUUCUUCUUGUUUGCAGAAAAUCAACAAGACCCCCCCUUUCUUUCUCCCUUCUCUGCAAAUUCUUCCUCCUUGGCCUUGUUGGAUUUGCAGCAUAACUGUCAUGCAGAAUUGUGUUUUCACUGGCAUAAGCUACAGCUCUCCCACUCUUGGAUCUGCCAUGAGCAACUUGACUCCAGCAAUUACUUUUGUGCUAGCUGUCAUCUUCAGGAUGGAGAAGUUGGAUAUUGGAAGCUCAAUAAGCCAGAUCAAAAUCAUGGGCACAGUGCUUUCGAUCUCAGGAGCAUUACUUGUGACCCUUUACAAGGGCACUCCCAUUGGCAGCUUUAGAAUUGAACCCUCUCCAUCACAACCAUCCCCAUCAAUGUUGGCUGAAAUCAGUAGCUGGGUCAUUGGGGGUAUCUUCCUUGCCAUUGCCUCUUUAUCUCUUGCAGUUUGGAAUAUUGCUCAGGCAGCAAUUCUUAAAGGAUAUCCAUCUCAGUUGACCAUAGUAGCCUUCUAUUGCCUAUUUGGAACCAUCCAAUGUGCAAUACUUUCUGUUAUUGUAGUCAGAGAUUCAAAUGCUUGGAAUCUAAAGCCUGACAUUGAGCUCAUCUCCAUACUCUAUUCGGCAACUUUCGGGAGUGUGGUGACAUUUUCUGUACUGACUUGGUGCAUAAAUAGGAAAGGACCUGUAUUUGUUACCAUGUUCAAGCCUGUGGGGAUUGCCAUUGCUGCCUUUAUGAGUGUUGUCUUCCUUGGUGAGACACUUUAUGUUGGCAGUGUCAUUGGCGCACUAGUAAUCGCCCUCGGAUUUUACACAGUACUGUGGGCACAAUCCAGAGAAGGGAAUUACAAAAGCCUCGAAGUUGAUACACUAUCAUCCCCGUCUGCCCAAGCGAGUCCUCUACUAGAGUCGCCAUGA